AUGGAAGGAAGGAGCAGCCCAUCGCCCCGGGAGCAGGGCAGAGGCGCCUCCUUUCCCUGGAACCAGGUCCCCAAUCCCAGCCUCACGGACCCGGACUGGUUUUGGGAUGAGCACAUCCAGGCAAAGAGGGCCCGCGUGGAGACCAUCAUCCGAGGCAUGUGCCUCUCCCCUAACCCUCUGGUGCUCGGCGGUGCCCGAGCCAGGGACAGCCCCAGCUGCCCAGAGAAGGCCCGGGAGCGGAAGAGGAAGCAGGACCUUCCCGUGCAGCAACCCCCCCUGAAACCAGGCCCUGCCGGGAGCCAGGGCAGCAGGAAGGGGGGCCCUCGCGUGAGAGAACAGCUUCGCCUGCUGAAGCAACAGCUGAGACGACUGCAGGAGCACAUCCUGCAGGCCGAGCCCCGGGACCCCGCGCCCGGCCCCCGGAGUGCCAAGCGGAGGGAUGGCUGUGGGCGGCCCGGGGCCAUGGACAGCAGGCGCCACCAGGGUUCCAGUGGGGACCUCCCUGGGGUGGAAGGACACAGAGUGGCUGCGGUCGAUCUCCAGCCAGAGGAAGUCAGGUUCCUUCCUUCUGGGACACGUGCUUUGCUGGAGACCCUGAGGAAGGAACUGACGGGGGCAGUGUCCCAGGCCGUGGACUCAGUGUUGCAAAAGGUACUGCUGGACCCGCCAGGCCACCUGACUCAGCUGGGCCGAAGCUCCCAGGGGCUGGUGCCAGGGGGCAGAAGCGAGACUUCACCUGAGGGAGGUGCCUGUGAAAAACCCCUCCCGUUGGCUGCCUUGCCCAGGGGGGCCCAGGCCCAGGCCCAGGCUGGGUGCCCACUGGGAAACUCAUCACUGGCCAAGCCUCUAGACUCUCCUAGAUACCCUGUCUCCCCAAGAAUGACCUCCAAACCCUGCCAGGCCCCCCCAGCAAACUGUGCCGUGACCGUGCCUUCCCGCAUGCAGGAAAGUCAGAUUCUUGGUCAGCUCCUGGGUCAUGGACCCCCUGGUCACUGGAGCGGCCAUCUCCCCCAGGGCGCAUCUUCCCAAAGUCACUCCUCCCCGGAGUCUGGCCUGCGACCUUGGGGAGCUGUCAGACUGAGACCUUCGGUGUUGAGCCAGCAGCACCCCGUGCCCUUGGCUCCCCCCUGUCUGGAGAAGCUGCCCUUUCUUCCCUCCGUGAAGAUGGAGCAGGGGGGCCUGCAGGCUGCCGCCGAAGUGCUCCCGUUCCCUUCAGUCCACAUCCAGGAGGGUCUAAAUCCUGGUCACUUGAAGAAGGCCAAACUAAUGUUUUUCUUCACACGCUACCCCAGCUCCAACCUCCUGAAGGCGUAUUUCCCCGACGUCCAGUUCAACCGCUGCAUCACCUCCCAGAUGAUCAAGUGGUUCAGCAACUUCCGAGAGUUCUAUUACAUCCAAAUGGAGAAAUCUGCCCGGCAGGCAAUUUCAGAUGGCGUCACAAAUCCCAAAAUGCUCGUGAUUCUCCGCGACUCGGAGCUUUUUCGAGCUCUCAAUAUGCACUAUAACAAGGGAAAUGACUUUGAGGUCCCGGAUUGCUUCUUGGAAGUCGCCAGCUUGACGUUACAGGAGUUCUUCAGGGCUGUCUCAGCAGGGAAAGACUCAGAUCCUUCCUGGAAGAAACCCAUUUAUAAAAUUAUUUCCAAGCUGGACAGUGACAUCCCAGAGAUAUUCAAAUCUCCCAGCUAUCCCCAGGAGCUGCUUCGGAACGAAGAUCCCACAGAGCGAGGAGCAGCUGGCCAGGGUUUCCUGGGUUUGUCUUAAAUGGCCGCUGUGGAGAUAUAAAAGGGACAUAAGUGCAGUCCUCUCCCCGCCCCCUUCCCCAACAGGAACUAUUACCAUUUCUGAUCAUUUUUUCCUUUUCCCGAAUCACCAAAGUUUGACCUUAACUAUAAUAUAGACCAAGUGUAAUGGUGUGCUGGUAGCAUAUUGUAAAAGGAAUCAGAGGACUUAAAUCCCCAAUCUACUAUUUCCAAGUAUUGUGACCCUGGGACCUUGCAGUUAAUCUCUGCAUCUGUAAAUAAAUACUCUGUGAACUGUUACUCACUACAUGUUAGUGUUUUCCCCCAUGGCUUUCACAUAAGGUUUUCUUGGUUUGUCUGUUAUUGUUUUUUAUAAAUUGCUGGUUUUAGUUACCUAUUGGUCAAGCUCCACCUAGUUGCUAGACACUUGAAAAUACAUUAUCUUAAGCUUUUUACACCGAAAAGGAGAUAUUAUCUUCAUUUUUUUAAAAAAGUAACCAAACAGACUUUUUAUAAGUGACAUAACUCGCCAACGUACAAGGCUAGGGUGUUUGGGUCGGUAGGGAUAGUCAGACGUGUGGAGGAACCCGAGACCUUCGGGUGCCAGAUUGUCUCCUGAGCACCUCAUGCUGCCCAUCAUGAUCUUCAGCAGGCUACUUCCAGGGAGCAGCCGCACGGAGUGGGCACUGCCAUCCGACAAGCCCUGCCCACACUUAGGAGUGCUUCCCCAUCCAGAAUGUCCUCCGAUCAUUCCAGCAAGCCCAACACAAACUUUCUGCCGGACUUGAGUGUUGCUGUUUGUUCACAUUUGUCUGCUGAAGGGUUAAUCCACUGGACAACCCAAGUUGUCUGUAGUUGACCAAUUGAUGCCCUCAUCUCCUAUGUACAGAAGCUGCACUUCAGAAUGCAAAAGCUAGGAAGUGCCCUAGGAGGUCAUCCCACCCACCCUGCUUUGAUCAGGAAGGAGGAAACGGAGGCCCAGACAGGAGACUGGCACAGACUGUGCACACCUCACAUGAUGAGUGGUACAACUGGGACAAACACAGCACCACACAGAGAAAUGGCAAUUCCCCCACUCCAUAAGGAAAUUACAGCCCAUGGUCCUUUCACAGAUAAAGGAAUUCAUGGAACCAACAUUCAUUUUACUAUUUUCCUGCUGGCCCAAUGCAAAUUGUGACUCACUCGGAGGAUAUAGGCAAGUCAUCUGCCAGGUUGAAUAACUGUGUCUGUCUUCUAAGAGAGUCAGAAUCAAGUGAUUGGAAACUCUGCCCGAGGUGUGCAGGCUGGGGUGAGGGCACACAACUCCGGCUCUGAUUAAAGGGUGUCUGUGACUUUAGCUGCCUUCUUUUCCAUCGACAUAAAACAAGUUUUCAUAUUCAAUUACCCACUUCCUUGACUUUUCGGGUGGGCUGGAUCAGAUGAGAUAAAAUCCCUAACUAUUGCUAGAUGUGUCAGCAUGAAAAUGUAUGAAAGAUGACUUUCUUCUGCAUUUUCAUUUACUUCAAACAGCUGAGAGGAAAAACAAAACAAGCAUGCUCCGCCCAAACGAAUCUUUUCACUUUAAGGUUAUUCUGAAGUGACCUUCAAUAUGUCCAGUUGCACUCAGAUCACCUUUGCCUUAUUUUCGCCCACAACGUUCCCUUUACAAAGUGAAGGAAUCUGCCAAAUCUAGGUUUUAAAAGUAGGCAAGCCCCGAGUACCCAGAGCAAGUAACUCAGUUAUGUGUAUGGAGAGAGCAGAAGAGCCCACUAACCAGAGUGAUCUUGCAUGGCUAUUUAAGAUUUUCGUGGGAAACAAUUCCAAGUUCUCAUGAUUGUCUGAUAUGGAGCAGCCAUUUUCUGUCCCAAACCUGACAUUCAUUACUGUGUUUGUUAAAGACUGAGCCAAGCCACCUCUGGAGCAGUGAACCUUGUCCCAGGGACCAAUUAGGUGAAAUGUACAAACUCAAAUGGAAAACAUUUGUGUCCUGCAGUCUUUCCAGGAACUGUUUUCGAACCACUGAGCUAAACACAGAAGAAUGUAUAAAUACAUAUG